AUGGCAGACAACGGAGUAAACAAUUUAGUGGAUUUGUGCGGCUUCGCCGGACACCAGGGAGCUCCGACGGUUCCCCAUGGGUUCCCCUUCGGGUUCCCAGUUCAUCGAUUUUCACCGACUGCGGGUUCGAAUCACAAUCUCCAACACCAAGGCGGUGCUCCGGGUGUAAAUGGCAAUAUUAGUAGUUCUGGGAGCAACAACGGGUCCGUUGAUUUAAAGGUGAAGAAAGCGAGACAUAGAACAACCUUCUCCGUCUACCAGCUCUCUGUGCUCGAGUCUGCCUUUGACAUGUGUCCUUACCCCGAUGCCUUGACUCGUGAAGAUAUCGCCAGUCGUCUUCAACUCUCCGAGUCGCGGGUUCAGGUGUGGUUUCAAAAUCGUCGAGCCAAAUGGCGGAAGCAAGAGGCGGACGGUGGUGGCGGCAGUAGUGGCGGAGGGAGUGGUGGUCUCCACAGCGUAAGCCUGAGUUGCGGCGGGGAUGCAGUCGACUACACCGCUGUUGCACCACUGGUGAGACGCAAGCGGACUGCAGCGGGCGAGGAUGGUGUAGACCAUAGCCAUCAUGCCUCCUUGGGAGCGAAACGACUCUCAUUCUCAGUCAACAGCCUGACCGAGGGUGAGGAGGAUUUAGGCCAACGUGGUGACAAGGCGCUCACGAUGGCGCAGCAGCAGAGUCAGUUAGAGCGCAAAUCCACUUAA